CCUGGGGGCGGCGCCUGUGGCAGCCAGUCCCCGGCCGUGCGCAGCCACUCGCGGGGCGCCGAGCACGAUGUCUUCGCCUGACCAGGAGCGAGCCGAGACUCGGGCCGGACACCCCCCUGCCGUGAAAGCUGGUGGGAUGAGGAUUGUGCAGAAACACCCGCACACCCCAGAUGUCAAAGAGGAGAAAGAUAAGGAUGACCAAGAGUGGGAGAGCAGCAGCCCACCUAAACCAACGGUGUUCAUCUCCGGUGUCAUUGCAAGAGGUGAUAAAGACUUCCCUCCAGCUGCAGCUCAGGUGGCUCACCAAAAACCUCAUCCCUCUGUGGAAAAGCUUCCUCAUGCACAACAUGUCAAUCAGCACAUCAACCAGCCUCGCAAGUGAGCCCUCUGUCAAAAAGCCAGUCAGACUGCAUCAGUGAAUACAUUGUAGAAAGAAGAGAUUCGAGUUUUUAGGAUUCACGCUACCAAAUCAAUAAAACUGGCCUUUAAAAAUGA